AUGGCACAACAACCCGCCUCAGCGCAGCAGUCGAAGAAACGCAAGGCUCCUCCCCCGAAUACUCAAAACAAGCCUACACCGAACAAGAGGCAGAAGCCCAACCAACCACAGCACUUCCGCCAGAAACAGCGCGAUGCCCGGACUCUCAGCACGCAGACGACCUCUGCAGCCUUCAGCAAUGGCGCCCUCGACGUGGAUAAGUUCGUACAGGCGCGACAAUACGAGAUCCGAGCACUGGAGCAAGGCAUGCAGCGGUCGAAGAAGGCAUUGAACCGAAGAGCUUUCCAGCAGGUGCCCCGAGAUCUAAGACGGAGGACGGCUGCGCAUGAUGCGAAGAGAGUGCCCAAGCGGCUGCGGCCGAGGGCGGUGAGGGAGAUGCUGGAGGACAAUACGCCUGGGCCGGGAGGGGUUGCGAAGAAGAAGACAAAGGUCACGAGGCAUAUGCGGCUACGGCUGGAGACGGUGAAGAAGCUGCGGGCUCUGGGGACGAAGAAGAAGGCUGAGAAGGACAAGGAGGUAUCAGGGAAGACGGAUGGAGUAGUCCAGGGCGGUGCUGCCGCGUCUAUUACUGCGGAGGGUAUGACGAAGCAAGCGAAGGCCGACCAGCCCAGGAAAGCCCGAGUAAAGAAGGCUCCCACAUUAGCCCAACCACCUCCGCCGAAGGCCAAGUUCCGCAAACGGCAGAAGCACAAGUCAUGGCUGCCCACACACCCCUUCCACGCCAAGCGGGCUCACAUGACUCCACCGUCUGCUCCUCUGUGGCGGUUUGCUGUUCCUUUGACGCCGACGCAGAAGAGCUACCGGCCUACUCAUCGCGCGGGCCGUGAUCGAGGGGCUGUGGCGUGGGAUGUGAGCUACUUGGCCACUAUUGGGUUGACUGGUGAGCAGCGGAACCUGGAAGGGUUGCUGCGGACGCUUGGGGUCGGAGUGUCGAGUAAGGGGGAUGAUGAGGACAGUGUCUGGGGCGCAAAGGGCGAGAAAUGGCGUCGCGGAACCCGGGUACUGGAGUCACGGCUGUUUGAGAGGGAGGCGCCGCAUCGAAUCAUUGCCCCUGCGACGAUUAUCUGGUGCGGACCGGAAGUGACCACCAGUGAUAGCGAUGUUCACGACGGCAAGUCGAAGAGGAUGCUAUUCAUCAGGGUACAUCCGUCUGCUUUCUUCCAAGUUUGGGAGGAGGCCGUUCGGCUUUCGAAGGUCGCGAAGCCGUAUAUCACUGUUGAUGACUUGAGGUUCGACGUCGGCAGCAUCGAGGUUACUGGACCUGGUGCCACUGAGGCACUGGUGGGCGCCUUAUCUCCAUAUCCGAAUAACGACCAUUCCGAAAUCGAGCAGACUCAAGUACAAGCAGGCAAGCUACUUACGAAUUUGGCUGGAUUGACUACUUCAUCCUCGCUACCUCCGGGUGCAUUGCUAGCUUUCGACGUGCUUGAUCCUCGCCUCCGCCAUCCUCCUCGAACUGUAUCUGGCCCGCAGACGCAAGAUGACCAGAACAAGCUCAUCGAGCUUCUCGCUUCGUGGCCCCUUGACGCUCACCCAAAGCCACCCGGUGUCUUUGACAGCCAAGCUCGUGCUCGCGGCGCUAAGCUACCGAGUCAGAAAGCCAUCAAUCGACGAAAAGCACUUGCUCCGCCUGGCUCCUUUCCCGCACCCAUCGCCACCGAUCCCAAGAUCCCCGUGUUGCUUCACCCCUCAACCGACGGUGGCUGGACCCUCCUCGCUCCCUGGAAGACCAUCCAGCCCAUCUGGUGCUCCUUGCUGUACUACCCGCUCUCCACCGGCGGUCAACCUCGCUUCGGUGGCUUGCGGGAACAACAGCAGCUCGCUUUCGAAGCUGGUAGGCCUUGGUUCCCUGCUGAUUUUCCUGGUACGGAAGCGGGGUGGGCUUGGGAGGUUUCGGAGAGGACGAGGAGGUGGCAGGAGUGGAGCAAGCGGCCGAAGGGGAAGAGGAUCUCUUGGGAGAAGGUGGAGAGUAAUUUUGAUGGGAAAGGGGGGAAGGGUGAGGUGGGGAGGGGGUGGGAUUGUGAUUGGGAGGUGCUGCUUGCUCCAUCACAGGGCCUUGCGAACGACGCCACGGCGGACGGACCUGGUGAGGCUGCUAAGGCUGCGGAAACAGCUGGUGCCGAUGCAUCUACGGAUGUAACCAAACCCAACACCAAGGAUAAGGUGCCCAAGCCAACAGCCCCUGAGCCACCUUCAGCAGUGCCCAAGCCUGCUAUGAUCAGUCAGUUGACCGCUGCUCAAGCUCAGGACGUUUUGAGGUCCUCGGCCAUCUUAAGCCCGCCGCACAGCACGUUGGAAGGCAAGCUAGCUGCAGUCCGCCUGACUCUACUUACUCGAGGGGUUCCACAAGCUUGCGCCAGGAUCUACCGCCUCCCAUCUAUCACCUCAGACCCGGAUUUGCGAAAGGCGUGGCUCGCUUUACAGCCAGCGAUCGUCAAGCAGUCAAAGCAGACACGCAAGCAUGCCCCGCCACCCAGACUUUCGAAAGAUGCUCCAGCUCAUGAGAUCCAGCGUCGUCUGGCUCAGGAACUGUUGAAAGCCCCUGCGCAGGCUGGCGAAGACCCUUAUCCGGCUUGUCCGAGCGAGAAGGAUUUGAUCGGCUUCGUGACAACGGGGAACUUCAAUCUUGCGGAAGGACAGGGGACGGGCAUUGGGAGUUUGCUGCUUAGCAAAGUCGUAGACCGAGGUGUGCAUGGUAAGGAGAGCAGACUCUGUGUCGUCAGGAAUGCCGGCGAAGGUGUCGCACGCCUUGCACGAUGGGAGCUGGUGUAA